AUGGGUAUGGUUCCGUCAACUAUGGUGACCCGAAUAUGGGAAUGUGGGUCGACCCGACUAUGUCUGGGUGGGGCGGAGAUGAUUAUGGUGGUGGAAGAGCUGGUGGGGAAAAUUCUAGUUAUGGAGAAGAAGCGGCAGAGAGUUGGCAGAUUCCAGCGAAGGAGAAAGGAUGAAAGGGAGAAGGAUAAUGAACAUGAAAAUGACUUUUCUGAGAGAAGACAUGGUGGUAGUGAUAUGGAAAGGGAUCGGGAUUGUCUAGGUGAAAGAUCUCGAGAUCGUGACAGGAACAUGGAUCGAGAAAGAGAAAAGGAACAUGAGAGAGGAGAUAGGCAUAGAAGAGACGAUAUGGAGAGACAUGACAAUAGUAGUAUUAUGUACAAAGAAAGGGAGUCUGAACGCGGUGGCGAUAACGAUGAUGAAUGGAAAAAGAGUAGUCGAUUAACAAGGCCGCAAAGUAAGUGUAGGAUGAGUCAUGAGGAUGAUCAAAGGUCGUCAAGAUCUCAGGACACUAAUUAUGCUAAGAGGCGACAUUAA